UCUUGCACAGUUAUGUCUGUUCUUCUUCACUUUCUCUACUUUUCCACUGCACUUCCAACUUUACUCUCUCUCACUCUCUCACCUGCAAUUCUGAGUUCAUCUUCUUCAAUCACCAGAUUUCCACCUUCAUCUUCUCAUUGCAUUUGAGUCUUCGAAUCUUUUUUUUAAAAAAAUCUACUUUGAAUUAAUAUUUCCUUUUUAAAAAAAUCUACUCUUUCUUCAAGCUGCAUAUUACCCACUUUGCUAUUUCCCACUUUGAAUUGAUAUUUCCCACCUGCAAUUCUGAGUUCAUCUUCUUCACUCCCCAGAUUUCCACUUUCAUCUUCGAAUUCUUUUUAUUCCAUUCUCUAUAUUGUCGCAUAUUUUCUUUAAAAAAAAAAAAAAAAUUCCACUCUUUCUUCAAGCUGCUAUUAACCACUUUGAAUUAAUAUAAAAAAAAAAAAAAAAAAUCUUUCUUCAAGCUGCUAUUACCUACUUCGAAUUAAUAUUAAAAAAAAUCUACUCUUUCUUCAAGCUGCAUAUUACCCACUUUGAAUUGAUAUUAAAAUAAAUAGUAUUUUUCUCUGUUCAUUAUUAAGCUUCGAUUUCUAGUGGUCAGCAACAUCCAUAAAUCGGUUCAGAAACUCAAAAGAAACUUUGGAUCCCACUUUCAUCUUCUCAAGUGUUAUUCUUAAUUUUCACUCUUUUUUUCGUUCGUUUAUUUUCUACAAUAUGAUAAAAAAUAUAUAAAAAGAAAAACUUCUCUAGUUUCUAUAUAAUAUUUUGCCUUGUGCUCUGUUCUUUCACAAAAUUCCUCCUUUAAGUGUGUAAUUUCUGGACUACUUCACAAACAUUUCUGAAGAAAAAAGAUACAGUUGGCCUAGCUAUUGAUCUCUCUACUUACAAUAUCCAUAAUAAGAGACGAUCAGUAAACCAGGAGAGAAUCAAGCAUGGAUUGUGCUAUUUCAAUUGGAACUUCAAUUGUUGCAAAGAUUGCUGAGUAUACAGUGGCACCAGUCGGUCGACAGUUGGGUUAUCUAUUUUGCUACGCAGGGAAUGUAGACAACCUCAAAACUCGGAUGCAAGAGUUGAAGAAUGCCAGAGAUAGAUUACAACAUCGUGUUGAGGAAGCCAGAAAUAAUUGUCAAGAAAUUGAAGCUGAUGUUCAAAGCUGGCUGAGCAGCGUUGAUCGGAUCUCUGAAGAGGCUGAGACUUUUCUUAAGCAUGAAGGCCAUGCAAAGGCUGUGUGCUCUUGUGGAUCCCUCCCGCAUUUGGUGACGCGGCACCAACUGAGUAGGAAAGCAAAGAAGAUGUCAUCCGAUGUAUGCGCAGCCUCCGAAAAAAGCAAAUUUGAUACGAUUUCUUAUCGUCCUCCACUGGAAAGCUCCUUUGCAAUAACCAAAGGCUACGAGACUUUUGAUUCGAGGAGGGAAAUUCUGGAGAGCAUAAUGGCAGCUGUGAGAGAUGCUAAUAGGAGCAGGAUAGGCUUGUAUGGGAUGGGUGGAAUUGGCAAAACUAUGCUUGCCAAAGAAAUUGCUAAGAGAGCAGAGGAGUUAUUUAGCAAGGUGGUUAUGACAACUAUUUCACAAACACCUAAUAUGAAAGAGAUUCAACUAGAUAUUGCUGCAAAGCUCCAGCUAAGUUUUGAGCAAACACAAAGUAUGGACGUACGAGCUGACCUACUUCGAAAGAGAUUGAAGCCGGAAAACAAGAUUCUAUUAAUUCUCGACGACAUUUGGAAGGAACUCGAUCUAGAAGCUAUUGGAAUCCACGAUGAGUGCAAGUUGCUACUAACCUCUAGAUAUCGACAAGUUUUACACAGCUUCAUGGAUAUUGCUGAGAGUAAUAUUUUCUCUAUUGAAGCCAUAGACUCAAGUGAGGCCAAAAGUUUGUUUAAGAAAAUCGUUGGAGAUAUAGUUGAAACUCAAUAUUUCGAUUCUUUGGCCGAUACGAUCGUCGGCGAAUGUGCAGGCUUACCAAUUGCCAUUGCAGCAGUGGCACAUGCUUUAAAAGGCACAAGAUUGUCCACAUGGCAGAAUGCAUUGGAACACCUACGAAGCUCAAACUUUAGAGACAUAGAGGGAAUGGAUAUGAAGGUUUACUCAUGUAUAAGGAUGAGUUACGAUUUUCUCGGAAGUCACGAGGAGGUGAAAUCAUUGUUAUUGCUCUGUGCUUUACAUAAAGAAGAUCAAAAUAUAGGAGUCGAGGACUUGGUGAGAUAUAGUGUGGGUUGGCGCGUGUUUCAAGGCAUCAACACGAUGAAAAAAGCAAGAAACAGGGUGAAUUCAUUGGUUGAUAAAUUGAAAUCUCACUGUCUCUUGUUGGAUGGUAGAAAUGAAAAUUAUGUGAAGAUGCAUGAUGUUAUUCGGGAUGUUUGCAUAGAUAUAGCAUCAGAAGAUAAGCAUAGGAUGAGUAACAUAAAAAGUGUUGAUGAUUUUGCUAGUCGUGAAGGAUGUAAAGAGGCUGAAGUGAUUUCCUUACUUGACUAUGAUGAUUUUGGUAAGCUUCCUGAAAAAUUGGAAUGUCCAAGGGCAAAAUUACUUCUUCUGUCUAGCUGGUCUCUAAAUUCAAUUCCAAAUGAAUUUUUUGAACAAACAAGGGAGCUUGAAGCAUUGGGUAUGGAACGUGCACGUAUAAACUCAUUACCGACAUCCUUUCAUUCCCUUCAAAAUCUCCAAACAUUAUGUCUAAGUGAUUCCGAUCUACAAGACAUUUCCAUCAUUGGGGACUUGAAGAAUUUAAAAGUUCUUGAUCUAUCUCGGUCUUCCAUAAAGCGGUUGCCAAAAGAAAUAGGAGAAUUAUGCCAUUUGCAAUUGUUGGAUUUACAAAAUUGUAGACAUUUAAAAGUCAUUGAGCCGAAUGUCAUUUCAAAUUUGAGACGAUUGGAGGAGCUCUAUAUCCCACAAACAUUCCAGGGAUGGGAGACUGAAGAAGGUGGUAUGAAAGAAAGAAGAAAUGCAAGUCUUAUUGAGAUAAAGAAUUUGCAACGGCUAACAGUUUUAUAUUUAAGUGUAGAAAGUGAAAAAGUUUUACCGGAGGGGUUGUUUAGUGAAAAAUUGGAGAGCUACCGAAUAUCUAUUGGAGUAAUUCACAACUUUUAUUAUGUAGGUGGAUCUUCAAGGUGUUUGCACUUAAAUCUCUAUCAAAGGAAAGAACAAUUAAAUGCCCUUGGGCUUGUAUGGCUGAUGAAAAUGUCUGAAUGUUUAUGGUUAGAGAGAUUAAUGGAUGUCAACAAUUUUAAUCGUGAUCUCGAUGGAGAGAAUUUUCCUCGAUUGAAGCACCUUAAGUUUCGUAAUAAUGAUGGAGUUCAAUACGUCAUUGAUUCUACAGACCUGAUUCACUCUCAUCAUGCCUUUCCAUGUUUGGAGUCACUAAAUCUUGAAAACUUAACAAGCUUGGAAAGGAUAUGCCAUGGUAAACUCCCAGUAGGCUCAUUCAAGGAAUUGAGGAAGGUGGACGUGAGCAAUUGUAAUAGAUUGAAGAAUCUGUUCCCUCUGUCUAUCAUCAAACUACUUCAUCGUGUUACCAUUAGUGAGUGCGAGAUGAUGGAAGAGAUAGUGACCAGUGGGAGAGAAGAUAAUGAAGCUGCCGAUAAGAUUGAGUCUUUGCAAUUGCACUCUUUGUCCCUAUAUUCUUUACCAAACUUUGUCCAAUUCUAUUGCUCCAAGCGGAAGGAAACUUGUGCGUCUUCAAUGAUAGAUUAUUCCAAGCCUUUAUUCACUGAAACGGUUUUAUUUCCUAACUUGCUGGAAUUGACUCUAAGGAAAAUUAGUACAGAAAAUAUAUGGCCAGAUCAACUUUCAUCCGGUUCUUUCAUGCAAAACUUAUCAAUCUUAAAAGUCGAAAGCUGUAAUAGUUUAAAGUAUCUAUUCUCUUUUUCUCUUGCUCAAAAGCUUUUAAACUUAAAGAAAUUGGAAGUUAGAUAUUGUAUGGCAAUGGAAGACAUAGGAGUGCCCAAUAAGAAACUUGGAGAAGAAGACACGCAGUUGGGAAAUAUUUUGUUCCCUAAAUUGGACUCUAUUGAGCUUUAUCAGCUUUCAGCUCUCCAAAGAUUCUGUGCAAGAGAUUCAUGUAUGGAAUUUCCACUCCUAUCAAAGCUAAUAAUAAAUGAUUGUCAAGAACUCAAGAUAUUUGUUAGCUGUCCAACUAUUCCAAUAUCAGAAGUAUCAGUUGACCAUAGAGAAGUAAACCAAUUGGUAUCAACACAACCUUUCUUCAAUGAAAAGGUUUCGCUUCCUAACUUGAAGGAACUGGAGUUUUUUAAAAUGAAUGUAGUAACAUUAUGGCCAGACCAACUUCCAUCAAAUUUUGACCUACAAAACUUAACAAACUUAACAGUAGAAAGCUGCAACAAAAUAAAAUAUUUGUUCUGUUUCCCUGUGGUUGAAAGGCUUGUAAACCUGAAGAAGCUGAAAGUAGAUGAUUGUUUGGUUGUGGAAGAAAUUCUAAUAAGUAGGAAACCAGGAGAAAAAAGAAUGUUGCAAGAGAAUAUUUUGUUAUCCAAACUAGAAACUCUUAGGCUCUCCAAACUUCCAGUUUUCAAAACAUUUUGUUCAGAAGAUUCUUGCAUCAAAGAAAUGUCAGUUGAUGACGAUGAAGUGAAGGUCAUAGCAAAACAUCUCUUCAAUGGAAAGAUUGCAUUCCCCAAUGUAACUUCUUACAUCCACAACUUAAAAGAGUUAAGUGUUACAGGAUGUAACAAUUUAAAGUAUCUCUUAUCAUCUGCCAUGGCUCGAUGUCUUGUACAACUUAAGGAAUUAAUAGUGUCUAGAUGUGAGAUGAUAGAAGAAGUAAUAGUUCCUGAGGAAUCAGUUGGAAGCAAAGGAAUAAUAUUAGAAAAUCUUUUACUCCCCAAAUUAGAAUCUCUUGAGCUUUGGCACCUUCCAAAUGUUAUACAGUUUUGCGAAGGAGAUUGCAUUGAAUAUCCAUCGUUGUCUAAACUGGAAAUAUACAAUUGUCCCAAGCUGAAGGUAUUUAUCAGCAAUUCCAUGGCUACAAGGGCAUGUACUAUUAAUGACAAAAAACAUGAAGAAAUGGAGUUGGUGGCGGCUAGACAAAGUCUGUUCAAAGAUAAUAAGAUUGCAUUCCCCAAUGUAACUUCUUACAUCCACAACUUAAAAGAGUUAAAUGUUACAGAAUGUAACAAUUUAAAGUAUCUCUUAUCAUCUGCCAUGGCUCGAUGUCUUAUACAACUAAAGGAAUUAAGAGUAUCUAAAUGUAAGAUGAUGGAAAAGGUAAUAGUUCCCGAGGAAUCAGCUGGAAUCAAAGGAAUAAUAUUAGAAAAUCUUUUACUCCCCAAAUUAGAAUCUCUUGAUCUUUGGGAUCUUCCAAAUGUUAUACAGUUUUGUGAAGGAGAAUGCAUUGAAUGUCCAUCGUUGUCUGAACUGGUUAUAUACGAUUGCCCCAAACUGAAGGUAUUUAUCAGCAAUUCCAUGGCUACAAAGACAUGUACUAUUAAUGACAAAAAGCAUGAAGAAAUGGAGUUGGUGGCGGCUAGACAAAGUCUGUUCAAAGAUAAUAAGGUCAUUUUCCCUAACCUAAAAGUAAUGUGGACUGAUUGGAGUGAAGCAAUAGAGGAGAUAUUUGACAUGAGUCAAUCUUCAAUGAUGUCCAUCUUUGGCAACCUUUCCCGACUUGUCUUGAACUGUUCAUCCCGUGAGAAACCAAUUGCUCUAUCAAAUUUCAACUUCCUUCAUAAAUAUCAUAAUAUUGAUGCACUUUGGUUGAGUGGUUUUUUUGUGGAUGGGCAUCAGCAUCACCAACAGCAACAAUCCGGAGAUGGUGAGACUUACGAACUGGUCAACACAAGUUUAAAGACACUGACUAUUUUCAAAGAUCAUAUGAUGAAUCAUCUGUUUGGAGACCCAGAAUAUGCUCAACCAUCAAAUUCUUUUGUCUUUCAAAACUUAGAACAUCUGCAUGUUUGGGAAUGUGGCAGAUUACAGAGCUUUGCGCCAUCGUUUAUGUCUUUCCACAAAUUGAAAACUCUUAGAGUAUCAGAAUGCCAUGGGCUGACGUAUCUGUUCGCCUCCUCAACCGCAGCGAGUCUGGUACAUCUCCAAGAAAUGAGCAUAACUGAUUGCAAACGAAUGAGGGAUAUUAUUAAUAGAGAUUAUUAUAAGGAAGGUCAAAUAGUAGAAAGUGAACACCAUGAGUUUGUUUUCCAGAAAUUGGAGAAAUUAGAGCUUCAUGGUUUACCCAGUCUUGAAAGCUUCUACUCAGGAAACAAAGUUGUGAGUUUUCCAAAUUUGGAAAAUAUAUCUCUGAAGGGAUGCCCUGAGAUGAGGAGAUUUUCCCAUGAAAAUAUAUGUACCUCUGCACUGUUGGACACAGUCAAAGCUGAAGGUGUAGAAAUUUGGGAGGGAGAUGUUAAUACAACCCUCACAAAAAUUUGGGAGAGAAAUGUUGAUACAACCCUAACAAAAGAUUGGGAAGAUGAUUCCGAUUUUGGAUUACAUUUACAACAUUUAUUCGCUCAAGAAAUGGAUGAUCAGCAUCGUGAAGAGGAUGCUUAAUCAUUAUCUUUAGUGCCUGUGGAACCUACCAAGUAUAGAGCUUUCUUUGAAGCACAUGAAUCAUUGCUCUGACUUGGUGAGGGAAUAAUUGAAAUGGGAAAUAUUCUGUUCAUUAGAGAAACCAGGUUAUUCUUUAAGGUGCAUGUAAGAGGAUGAAAAACUUCUAAUUCCAUCUCAGUUCAAACUGUCUUCGUAGACCUUCUUGAUUCCUCUCAGCAAGUCUAACUUGAUGGGAAAAAGAUAAACUUCAAGCACAGAAAAAGUAACAAGUAACAAGGAAGAAAAGAAAUAAUUUACCACAAAUAAAAAAUCUAUUUCACUUCAAAUAUCACUUCAAAAAGUUGGGACAUUUGUGGGACAAGGAGGCAAGGAGACAUUUGUGGACUCAAUAGGAGAGAAGGUGGCUGGGCCUUGGGUUGGACAUGGGCUGGCCUUGGACUGGCUGAGGCGUGGGCCUGCUGCAAGGGAAGAUGGAGCUAGUGGCAGACUAGCCUCUGGGAGCUGGGCUGAGUGGAGCAGCAGGGGAGCUUUGGAUUGGGCCUGGUGGCUAGGCUGUGGGCUUCUCCUUUCAACAAUAUCAUAAAUCCUCAAUCUUUGGGCUU